AUGCGAGCAUUCACCGGGGAGUGUUCUGUUUGCCCGAGUUUAAUUCUUAACCUUGAAAUAAAGGUCACUCUCCUCUCCUGCCUCGUGGACACCGAGCUCUCCUUCCUGGACUACAUCCGCGGCGGGACUCAGAUUAAUUUCACGGUGGCCAUUGAUUUCACGGCAUCGAAUGGCAACCCGUCCCAGCCCACCUCGCUCCACUACAUGAGCCCGUACCAGCUCAACGACUACGCCAUGGCGCUGCGGGCCGUCGGAGAGAUCAUCCAGGACUACGACAGCGACAAGAUGUUUCCUGCGCUGGGCUUCGGAGCAAAGCUUCCUCCAGACGGACGGGUCUCCCACGAGUUUGCCCUG